UUGUAUCAUUUCAGUUUUAUAAAUACCAAACAAUAAAAAAAAUUAAUCAAACAUGUCUGAAACAACACAAUUAAUAACAUUAACAACAAUAAAAUGUAAGCAGCAAGCUGUGCGUGCUGUGAGGUUUAACAUCGACGGGACAUAUUGCCUCACGUGUGGUGCCGACAAAAAAGUUAAAUUAUGGAAUCCACAUAAAAACUUAUUACUUAAAACCUACGGCGGUCAUGCGAAUGAAGUGUUAGAUGUUGCUGGGUCAUGCGACAGUAGCCAGAUAAUAUCGGGAAGUGUAGAUAAAUCUGUAAUAUUGUGGGAUGUAACUACAGGUCAACCGCUUCGUCGGUACCGUGCGCAUGCAAGCUCCAUAACGUGUAUCAGGUUUAACGAAGAAUCUACAAUGGCUGUGUCCGGUUCCAUAGACAAUACCGUAGCUUUUUGGGACGUCGCGAGUCGAAGGCAAGAGCCCGUGCAGACGUUAAAAGACGCAAAAGACAGUAUCACAUCCAUACAGGUUACCGACCAUGAAGUUUUAACUACAUCCGUCGAUUGUCACACAAGGUUGUAUGAUAUGAGAGUGGGAAAAAUGAUUUCUGAUUAUGUUGGCGCUAUUAUAACCCAUGGAAGCAUGACACAUGAUGGGCAGUGUUAUGUAUUAAGUUGUUCAGAUGAUACAAUCAAAUUGUUUGACAAAGAUUCUGGAGAAUUACUGAACACAUUUUCAGGACACCAAAGUAGAGAUUACAUGCUGGAGAAUUGUAUAAAUGAAAAAGAUAGUCACAUCAUAUCUGGUUCAGCGAGUGGCGAGGUGUUUUAUUGGGAUUUAAUUUCGAGUAAUAUAACAAAUAAGUUAGUACAUACUAAUAAUAAAGCAGUGGUGUCUGUGAGUCAUCAUCCUACUGAUAAUUAUUUAUUAACUGCAUGUGAAGAUGAAGUCAAGUUAUGGGGGAUUAAGGCUAUGGAUGAUUAAUAUUAAAAUAAGUUAGGCCGCGUUUCCAUCUGGCCUUAGACUUGCAAGCUGCUGUCAGACAGACUGUCGGGCAUUUCUUGCGGAAGUUUUCUUGCAAAUGGAAACGCGGCCUUAGAAUAAAUACUCAUUUUAUUAAGUAAAGUUUAAUAAAAUUAAAAACUUUGUUGUAUAAAUUCAUAAAAUUAUUGUAUUGUCACCAAUACUCGUGUUGGUUUCCUACAAGUAUACAAACAUACAGGUGAAGUAAUAAAAGUGUGCUAAAAAUGUUAAAAAUGAAAACAAUUCCUAUUUCAUAUGUUAUUAAAGGAAGUAAAAUAUGAAUUAUUAUUUAUAA